AUGCUUUCAACAAAAUGGCUUAAACAAGUAAAUGAUGAUUUGCUACAGUUACUUAAUAGACUAGAUGUUGUGAGAAGUAACAUAGCUCAAGAAGUUUUAUUAUCAAUAUUUAAAGAACGUCCAGAUUUACUAAAAGAUUUACGUUUUGAAGAUAAUAUUUGGGAUGAAUUAACAGCCGAAAAAAUAUUUUUUAUUUGUGUUUUUUGUGAAUAUCAUAAAGAGGAUGCUAAUAAACUUGAUGAGUUAUUACCAGAAGUGACGCGAUUUGCCUUUUACCUUCAAAAAUAUCAUAAUUGUUUAAUUGAAGCAAAAAGUGACAUUGAACAAACGAAUUAUGAAUUUAUAGUUACCCAAUUUCUUUUAUUAGCAAAAUUGCUUGAUUAUGGAGAUGAGAUUGGAAGGAGAAAAAUGCAUUCAUUAUUAGGUGAAAUACUUAUGUUGCCUACAAUUAAUGAAAAUCAUAUUGAUAAUAUAAUAGAAAUUAUUAAAAAGAUUUCACUGAACGAAAAAGAUUUUACAUGUUCUAUGGCAGAAAUAAUUUUGAAUAUUCGUGAAGGACUUCUUGUAACUUCCAAG